AUGGAUAUCGACGAUAUCCUCCGCGAAGUCGACCCCACCUCACACUCCAUCCAUCCCAGCACACGCGAUCUUCAACUCCUGACGCGUCGAUGGGUAGCAGAACGCUCAGCCCCCGAACUACUAGACUGGCCAUCAGACGGAUUCCUAGAACGCAUCAAUGACCGCAUCAAGGCGCAGAUCGAAAAAGUGGAAGACAUGACAGGCGACAUGGACCCCAAAACCAACUUUGCCCUCAUUGUAAUACAAACCGAACUGGAGCGGUAUAAAUUCCUCGUCAGAAGUUAUCUACGAGUGCGAAUGUCAAAGAUUGACAAACACACGCUGCACUACUUAUCUACACAAGAGCUACGGGACAGACUGUCGCCCACGGAACUAGCCUACGCAACGAGACACCAGGCCCUGCUGCAUAAUCACUACUUGUCGUCGUUUUUGGGCAGUUUCCCCCAGCAGCUGCAGAACUUGAAUGACACGGCGGGGAAUAUCAGCAUGGUGGAUGCGCCUGAUUUGGAUACGGCGGUGUUUAUUCGCAUGUUGGCGGGUAGGGAUGUUCAUGGGGAUGGGACGGAUGCGGAUGUUACGUUGGCGGCGGAGGAGGGCGAUGUCUUGAUUUUGAGGUGGUCGAGUGCGAAGGCUCUCGUGGAAGACGGGGAUGCGGAACUUGUGUGA